AUGUUGUCCAAUCUGCAAUAUCUUAACUUAGGAGCAAACAAUUUGACUGGAUUGAUUCCAGAGCAAUUAGACGGGUGCAGAAAGUUGUUGAGCUUGAAUUUGAGCAGAAAUAGAUUUCGUGAGAGCAUUCCUCUUGAGAUGGGAAGCAUACAAUCUCUACAAAUUCUUGAUCUGAGUCAUAAUUUGCUAAUGAAUAGAAUACCAGCACAGCUUGGAGGGUUGCAAAAGCUAGAAGCAUUGAAUCUCUCCCACAAUGAGCUCUUGGGUUCAAUCCCAUCCUCUUUUGAUAACAUGUUGAGCUUGACAGUUGUUGACAUAUCUUACAAUCAAUUGGAGGGUCCUCUUCCCAACAAUAAAGCAUUCCAAGAGGCUCCAGUUGGAGCUUUGGGGAAUAACAAAUGGUUGUGUGGUAAUGCCACCGGUUUGAAUGCUUGCCCAUCUAUAACAAGGGGUGGGAAAAAGAGUAACAAAUCUACUAUUUUCAUCAUAGUCCUUGUUUUAGGUAUUGUCUUUUUCGUAUUUGUAGUAGUUGGACUUCUGUAUAUGAUAUGCCAUACCCGAGAGCCGCAAAAUGAAAACCAAUUUGAAGUUUGGAGCUUGGAUGGAUUACUUGUGUAUGAAGACAUCGUUGAAGCUACAGAGUCAUUCAACUCCAAACAUUGUGUAGGAGUAGGAGGGACUGCAAGUGUUUAUAAAGCUCAACUGCAAACAGGUCGGAUUGUUGCAGUAAAGAAACUUCACACGCUGCAGGAUAGUGGUGGAGAAGCAAUUCUGAAGGCUUUUGAGAGUGAGAUUCGUACUCUUGCAGAAAUCCGUCACCGCAACAUAUUGAAGCUUUAUGGUUUCUGUGCACAUCCGCGGCACCCUCUUUUGCUUUACGAGUUCAUAGAAGGAGGAAGCUUGGAAAACAUAUUGACUGAUGAAAACUAA